AUUGGUAAAAGAAGCAUAGUACAGAAGAAAGUCAGACACAACACAUUGAGCCUCUGCCACCAUGGGGAACUGGGCUGUGAAUGAGGGGCUCUCCAUUUUUGUCAUUCUGGUAUGGCUGGGAAUGAAUGUCUUCCUCUUUGUGUGGUUCUACCGGUUUUAUGAUAUUCCACCGAAAUUCUUUUACACUCGAAAACUUCUUGGGUCAGCGCUGGCAUUGGCCAGGGCCCCUGCAGCCUGCCUGAAUUUCAACUGCAUGCUGAUCCUGCUGCCAGUCUGUCGAAAUCUGCUCUCCUUCCUCAGAGGUUCCAGUGCGUGCUGCUCAACAAGAGUUCGGAGACAAUUGGACAGGAACCUCACCUUUCAUAAAAUGGUGGCGUGGAUGAUUGCACUUCACACUGCAAUUCACACAAUUGCACAUCUAUUUAAUGUGGAGUGGUGUGUGAAUGCCCGAGUCAACAAUUCCGAUCCUCUUUCAAUAGCACUCUCUAAAAUUGGAGACAGAAAGAAUGAAAGCUAUCUAAAUUUUGCUCGAGAGAAAAUCAAGAACCCUGAAGGAGGCCUGUACGUGGCCGUGACUCGGUUGGCAGGCAUCACUGGAAUUGUCAUCACAUUGUGUCUCAUAUUAAUUAUAACUUCCUCCACCAAAACAAUCCGGAGGUCUUACUUUGAAGUGUUUUGGUACACACACCAUCUCUUUGUGAUUUUCUUCAUUGGUCUUGCCAUCCACGGAGCUGAACGAAUUGUACGUGGGCAAACUGAUAGAAGUUUGGAAAACCAUAAUCCAGAAUUUUGUCAGGACAAACUAGAAAAAUGGGGAAAAAUAAAGGAAUGCCCGAUCCCAGAGUUUUCCGGGAACCCUCCUAUGACUUGGAAAUGGAUAGUGGGUCCCAUGUUUCUGUAUCUCUGUGAGAGGUUGGUGCGGUUUUGGCGAUCUCAACAGAAGGUGGUCAUCACCAAGGUGGUCACUCACCCUUUCAAAACCAUCGAGCUACAGAUGAAGAAGAAGGGAUUCAAGAUGGAGGUGGGACAAUAUAUUUUUGUCAAGUGCCCUCAGGUGUCCAGGUUGGAGUGGCACCCUUUCACACUGACUUCUGCCCCUGAAGAAGACUUCUUUAGCAUCCAUAUCCGCAUUGUUGGGGACUGGACGGAGGGGCUGUUCAAAGCCUGUGGCUGUGAUAAGCAGGAGUUUCAAGAUGCCUGGAAACUACCUAAGAUAGCAGUUGAUGGGCCCUUUGGAACAGCCAGUGAAGACGUGUUCAGCUAUGAGGUGGUGAUGUUAGUGGGAGCGGGGAUUGGAGUCACACCCUUUGCAUCCAUCCUCAAGUCAGUUUGGUACAAAUAUUGCAAUAAUGCCACCAAUCUGAGGCUCAAAAAGAUCUACUUCUACUGGCUGUGCCGGGACACACAUGCCUUUGAGUGGUUUGCAGACCUGCUGCAGCUGCUGGAGAGCCAGAUGCAACAGAGGGAUAAUGCAGAUUUCCUCAGCUACAACAUCUAUCUCACUGGAUGGGAUGAGUCUCAGGCCAAUCAUUUUGCUGUGCAUCAUGACGAGGAGAAAGAUGUGAUCACAGGCCUGAAACAAAAGACCUUGUAUGGCCGGCCCAACUGGGAUAACGAGUUCAAGACAAUUGCGAGUCAACACCCUAAUACCAGAAUAGGAGUUUUCCUCUGUGGACCUGAAGCCUUGGCUGAAACCCUCAGUAAACAGAGCAUCUCCAACUCUGAGUCCGGCCCUCGGGGAGUGCACUUCAUUUUCAACAAGGAAAACUUCUAACUCAUCUCUUCCAUCGGGAAAUAAAUGUGGGUUAUGCUGCCACAUACCCAAAUAACGCUUGUUGAUAAUAUAAGUUCCCCUCACUAAAGAAAAAAAAAAUAGAAAAGAAAUUAUACUGUGAUAGUUUUCCUUUUAAGGACUGUCAAAAUGUUUGAUAGUGAUAAAUUACAUUUAUAUAGAGCUCUAAGAGUUUUGGAGCACUUUUAUAAACAUUAUUUCCUUUUUCUCUCAGUAAGGCCAGAGGAAGGUAGGGCAGAGAUUUCUAGACUCAUUUUUAGUCUAAAAAUGGAGGUCUUGAAAAGGGUCAGUAACUUCCCUAAGAUUAUAAAGCUGAGAUUAGAUCUAGGCCAUUUGACUCUAGCUUUGGUAGCCAUUACACAAUAGCAAUUGGAUUUUAUAUUCUUCAAGAGAAAGAAUGAACCAAGGAGUAGCUAUUCAUUUUCCAUUUAAUAUCAUUUUUGUUAUCAUUAUUAUCAUACUGAAGGAAAUUUUCCAGAUAUACUGAGAGUGAUUCAACCCUCAGUAGUAACAGUACUGACAUCUGAGCAUACUCCUGUUUACCAAUACUGCAGCCUAAUGGCAUCAGAGAUUCUUCCUAUAAGAGAAUGUUAGUCUGAUUGGAGUUAAUGUAACAUUCAGAGUUUAACAUGGAUGGUAUUUGCAGAGAGUGAAUACUUAAGGAAAAUUUGUUGAAUGAAUGAAUAAAAUGACAUUUAGAAACAUACAAUGCCAGGGUAGACUAAUUUAAAGCCUUAAACAGAAUUAUUUAAGGAAAUAACUUCUGUUAUUCAUAUAGACCAAAGCAACUUGAUUCUCCCCAGGGUCUAGAACAAGUGAAGGGUACUAACCCAUAGAAUGGCCUAGAGGGACCCUCAACAUCCUUAUUUGAAACAUUGACAAGAAAAGGGAUGUAGGCAGAGAAUUGGCGUCCUGCUAUGACUCUAAUUUGCUCCUCUAGUCCUGCUCCCUGUGUCAUGAAAUAAAUGCAGGCUGAUGACCCACCUGCAAAAAUUCUGUUCCAGCCUGCCCUUGUGAAUGAAUUCUGAACCUGAGCAUUGUGACAUAUAUGCAUUUGAUAUGUUCAUUUACUUCAAAUAUCUUCUGCCUCUUGUUUUAUUUAAAUACACACACAAGAUGGACCUUACAUGUGUGACUAAUGGUUUAUUUUUAUUAUAUUAUCAUCCUCAAAUUGGCAUCCUGAAAACUAAAAUCUCCAAUUUACUGAGAAGAGACUGAAUUUAUAGUCUAUAGAAUGUUCUGGAUAUCUAUGAUAUCAAAAGAGAGUCUGUAUAUCACUGUUAGUGUGGAUAGCUUUUUUUUUUCUUACAACAGCUCCCAUUUCUGGGAACUAAAAAAACAAACAAAAAAAACAACAACAACAAAAAAAAAAACACUUAACUUGUCCCACCCCCCGGGGCCAGGGAGGUUUUAGCAAACUCUUCUACUUCUUCAACUUCAGUAAUGAGGAAGAAAGAGAAGGAAGGAGGGCUAGGAGGAAAUGCAAGGAAGGGGAAGAAAACAGAGAGUAAAAGAAAGCAAAAAAGACAAAAGAGAAAGACAAGAGAAGGGGAUCUCACAUAGGUUGAUUCCUACAUCAGACUUCUUAAAGUUUUGUGUAUGUUGAGUGUAACUGAAGCAGAUGUACGCACAUUCAUCUUAUUUUGAUUAUAUGUGGUAUAUGAAUCUUUUGGAAUAUGGUCACAAAUUUUGAUGCUGAGAGGGCAUAAUCUGGUAUGAACUAAGAUUACCCUUGGCCUCUUAGGAUCCUCAGGGCACCAAGGGGCUGGUUCUGACAAAAAAAGCCCUGCUCGCAUGCAUGUCACCUCUCCAAAGGGUAUCAGGAGGAUUUUGCCUUAGGGAAAUUUAGGUCCAGCCUAUUCACACUGCACACCAGUGUAAGUUCAUUCAUUCAACAAAUAUUUAUUGUGCUAUUACUAUGACUCGGGCUCUGUGCUUAUAGUUUCAAUUCUUUACACCAGUCUAUGUGCAGGAGAGGCAGAACCCCGAUUAUAUGGAGUCUGACUACAUUGGCCCUUUCUAACCUGUGGCAUGAAUAAAACCAGCUCCAAUUCUUGCUCUGAGAAUGUUUCCCCAGGGUUUUCUAUGUUUCCAGGGUUUUCUAUGUUUGACACCAACUUACGUACCAAAGUAGAGAGAUUUUCCCUGUGUUAUCCUGGCUUAUGAGAUGAAAAUGAGUGUCAAAUUGCUCGUCAUCAAGAGCUUCCUUCUUUAUUCUUCUUCCAAAGCACCAGCUGCCAGAUGCCAGCCCCUAGCCGCCAGCUGCCAGCACAGCUUUUUAACACUUAGCAGUUUGCAUUUAGUUAACAGGUACUGAUAGAAUGAUAAAGCAUGAUUUUUAAUCUCAAGGCUAUGAAGGCUUUUCUUAGUUUUCCUGCUUUUGCGAUAUGUGUUUAUGAAAUUUGAAUACUUGCAGGGAUUGUAUGUGAGUAGUUUGGGGUGGGUGGGACCUGGGAGGAAUUCCCAGGAAGAACUGUUAGAACUGUGCUCAAGUAUUAAAAUUAAUGAGCUCUC